AUGCGCAGCUGUCAAAACCGUCAACCACAGACACCACCUUAUUAUAAUUUCAAUGUAACCAUGGAAGUUCGGGCAUCAAGGGAUUUCACCCUAACUCUGUCGCGGUGGAUACUCUUACUCUGUAUCGCUAUGCCUAUUUGCACUUGCAAAGACAGAAACAAGGAACUUAUACCUGUGUUCAAAGAGCUCAUUCGAGAACCCAAUGGGGCAAUCUUUAUCCAUCUCUGGCGGCCACAAAAGCAGGAUUGGUGGGACUCAUACGACAUCAUUGAGGUGAAUAAAGGGAAGAUGGUGAGAAGCAUCAGUCUGCAGUCACGACUGGCAUACUGGAAGGAAUCCACUUGUGCAAGCUGUUCCUACAUGGCUCGCUUAUGCAAUCAAACUUUAUGUGCAUACACUUCGGUGCAUACACCAAGCAGCUCGUCCACUGUGGAUAUUCCUGUCAUAAAUAAUGUUGAAGUGGACCCAGUUUCACAGAAAAUGAAAGUGAAUGUCCUACAGAACGUCGGUAUUCUGUCAUAUAUGGCCAUCAGUACCUACCGAGGCAGCGUGGCUGGUUUUGCUCGGUUCAAAAGAUCAGGUGAUUGGAUUCAUCUCCAAGCAGGCACUGGCCAUCAUUUGCAAGUACGAGCGUUCAAUGGUACACACUACAGUGCUUUCUCAACAGAGUGGCCUAUUCCACGUGAGUCGACACUGAGUGGUAUAAAGAAUUUAUUUUAA